AUGGGCUCCAUCUCAACCCCCAAGACUGUUAAGCAAUGGAAUGUUGUCGAAUACAAUAACUUUGAGGGACUCAAGUUCUCUGAGCAACCCCUGCCUGAAGUUGGUGACAGCCAGGUUUUGGUGAAGCUCGAGGCCGCAUCUCUCAACUACCGCGAUCUCCUCAUCGCCAAGGGCGAAUACAGCUUCGGUAUUGCCCCGAACGUCAUCCCCGGGUCUGAUGGUGCUGGCACAGUCGUCUCUGUUGGCAAGCACGUCACCCGCUUCCAGCCCGGUGACAAGGUCGUCACGCUCUUCAACCAGGCUCACUUUGGCGGAGAUUUGAACCCCAAGAUCGUCGCCACUGGAACUGGAGGCAUUCUCGAUGGCACUCUCCGCACCUACGGCGCCUUCAACGAGAACGCUCUUGUGCGCAGCCCCUCCCACUUGACCCCUAUUGAGGCCGCCACUCUUCCCUGCGCUGGUCUGACUGCUUGGAACACUCUGUUCGGUACUGUCGACCACGCUCUCAAGGCCGGCCAAUGGAUUCUCGUCCAGGGUACUGGAGGUGUCAGCAUCUUCGCCCUGCAGUUUGCAAAGGCUGCCGGUGCCAAGGUCAUUGCUACUACCGGCUCUCCUGAGAAGGUGGAACGGCUCAAGAAGCUUGGUGCCGACUACGUUCUCAACUACAAUGAGGACCCCAACUGGGGCGAGACGGCCAAGAAGCUGACUGGCGGCCGUGGUGUCGACCACGUUGUGCAGGUUGCCGGCGCAAAGGAAAUGGAGCAGAGCAUUGCGGCCGUCAAGAUGUCCGGUGCCAUUGACAUCAUCGGCUUCGUUGCUGGACGCACGCACGAGGACGAACCUACCUUCAUUCGAUGCUUGGCCAACUUGUUCACUGCUCGUGGUGUCCUUGUGGGCAGCCGCGUACAGAUGGAGGAGAUGAUUGAGGCCAUUGAGGCGCACCCUGAGGCGCUGAGGCCGGUGGUUGAUGAGAAGGUGUUUAAGCUGGAGCAGCUGAAGGAGGCCUUUGAGUACCAGUGGUCGGGCAAGCACUUUUCCAAGGUUGCUAUUGAGAUUAACUAG